ACAGAGACGUGUGAGCUCGUUCCAGCAGCCCCAAGGAAGAACCGAUCCGUGCUAGCUAAAGCUAAGCUCGCCAUGGCUGCUUCAUCAUCCACUACCACCACCGGCGGCCAUUAUAUGUUCCUUGUCGCGCUCUCUCUUCUCUCCUUCGCCGCCUACGGGCAGCUCUCGGAACAAUUCUACGCCGCAAAGUGCCCGUCGUUGGAUCAAAUCAUCAAAGCAGAGGUGGAUCGUACCUUGUCCGUGGAUCGACGGAUGGGCGCCUCCCUCCUCAGGCUCUUCUUCCAUGACUGCUUUGUUCAGGGCUGCGACGCCUCGGUUCUUCUGGACGACGACGCGGCAAAGUCGAUCACAAGCGAGAAGACGGCCGGCCCGAACGACAAGUCCCUACGCGGCUUCGACGUGAUCGACCGGAUCAAGGAUCAAGUCGAGGCAGCCUGCGGCGUCCCCGGCGCCCGCGUCGGCGUUGUCUCCUGCGCAGACAUCCUCGCCCUCGUUACCAAGCAAGCCGUCAUCUACCUCGCUGGACAACCAGGAUGGGCUGGAUGGUCGUUGUUACUCGGCCGGCGUGACUCCACGACGGCAAACAAGGAUGAAGCAAACACCGUCCUCCCGUCGCCGAACUCAGAGCUCCCGACGCUCAUCGAGGCAUUCAAGAACAAGAAUUUCACCGGCAGAGAGCUGGUAGCGCUGUCCGGCGCGCACACCAUCGGCGUGGCGCAGUGCGGCAACGUCGACGAAACCCAGCGGCAGAAAUGCAUCGACGCCAAUAACAACAACACCUUCCCGCUCGACGACGAGACGCCUGUGGACUUCGACAAGGGCUACUACGAUAACCUGCUGCGGGACAAAGGCUUGCUGCACUCGGACCGCGUGCUCGUGGACAGCAACGAUCUCAAGCUCCUCGUGCUGCAGUACGCGAGGAGAAAGGACCUUUUCUUCAAGGACUUCGCCAACGCGAUGGAAAAGAUGUCGUUGAUGAGCGUGCUCACCGGAACUAAUGGCGAGAUCAGGCUCAACUGCAGUAGGGUUAACUAUUAACUUUCUUUCUUAUUUUGCCGCGAACCGGCACCGGCCGGUGCUACGAGUACAAUGAUCGAGUGUGUGCGCUUGAAUUUUUUAAGUUUUUUUUUCGCGACGAAAGAAAAAUCAUAUUAAAUAAUAGUAGGAUACAUGCAUACGUUACAAGCACUCUGAAUUAAUUGUAUCCAUGCUACGGAUAGUUCUAGAUCUUAAAGCCAAACAUGUACGACACUUUGCAGUAUGGAUAACCGCACAGACAAACACUCGUCAGAAGACUUCUUUGUGUUUUAGAUAA